GAGGUAUUAAUUAAUUAUAUCUAAGAGGGCUGAAGAAAAGAAAUUACGAUUUUAUGAAGAAGGCACUGUCGUGAUCUCAAUGAAGGAGAGAAAAGGACCAAAACUACUACAGUUACAGAGCCUUCUUGUCAUCUUGAAAGUCAAUUGAGAGAAAAUUCUGAAAGACGUUGAAUGUGUUAUAUAGAUGGACGGUGGCUACGUCAUUCCUUCGCCGUGUCCAUUGGCAUUUUGGGAAAGCCACCGUCAAUCAGCUCGCCGCCACCGCCUACCGGCGCCACCCGUAUUUCUGCCGCCGGUAGUUUGAACUUGCAUUGACCAACCUCCUCAGUCUGUCGCACGUUUCUGAAACGUAAUUGGACCUCCAGUAACUGAAGAGAAUGGUUAUGGACAGUGAGAGGAUGACCAACUUUGAAAGUCUGCAAAUAGAGCAGAAGAAGGAAAAUAAGAGAAUUCUGUGGAUACUGAACUGUCUUUCAUGCCUUGUUUCACUAGCAUUAUUUGGAAUACCAGGGAUGAUAUUGAGGUAUUACCUUGACAAACUAUUUGGACCUGAAGUUCUUAGUUUUACAAGGGAUGACAGCCCCUUGUAUUAUGAUCUCCUUCCAAACAUGGUAGGUUCGUUCUUAAUGGGUUGGUUGGGAGUGGUUUUCAAAGGAGAUAUAGCUAGCAUUUCAGACAAUUUGGCUGUUGGUCUGACAACUGGUUUCCUUGGAAGCUUGACUACGUUUAGUGGUUGGAACCAGAAGUUAGUUGAACUUACUAUUGAACACCAGUGGGUAACUUCAGUAGGCAUCAUUUUCUUAGGUGUAGUUCUUGUUGAGGCCAUGAUUGAGAGAGGUAUUGAAACUGCUGAAAAGUGGAAAGGAAAGAAAAGGUGCUCUAAGCUUAAAAUUUUCAGCCAUGAGGGUGGAUGUGAUUUGCAAAACUACAACUAUUUGACUGCUACUCUUCUUCUGGUCGUUGUAUUCAUUAUAGUUUUGGGAACUUGCACAACUCUUGGAAUAAGAGAGUUCAAUCAUGCUGAUUAUGAUGUUAAACUGUUGUUGGCAUGCAUUGUGGUACCGUUUGGUGUUUGGACUAGGUAUUUCUUGGCUUGUGUUUGGAAUGACCAUGACGGCAUAGGUGAAAAAGCCUGGUUAAAAUGGGUUCCUUUUGGGACACUUGUGGCAAAUGUUUCUGCUGCCUCAAUAAUGGCUGCUCUAGCAGCACUAAAGAAGGAAGUCAAGAAUGAUACAUUUUACACAAUAGCAGCUGCUUUGCAGCUAGGAUUUUGUGGCUGCCUAAGCACUGUCUCAACAUUGGUGGCCGAGCACUACAAAUUGAAACGUGGUGGCUCCCUUUGGAGAGCAUAUGCAUAUACGCUGGGUACUAUAGCGAUCAGUUUCACCCUGGGGAUUGCUAUUUACGUGGGGCUUUCACAGAUUAAGGUUCACGGCUAGUUAGUCUGAAUCAGAAGCAAACUUGAACAGCAUGAUGAUUUCAGUAGUUUUUCUCCUCUAGAAGGAGAAGGAGAUGAGGAUGAGAACAUGACAAAGAAAUUUGAUAAAUUGGCAGAGGAAUAGAAGCUCCACAUUUUCUCAGGCCUUCGAUAAAUGUAUACCAUGAUAGAAGGAACAUUGGAUACACAAUCACUCGGCUGUGAAAUCACCAACACAGCUCGAUUUAUAUGGCUGCAGUGUUUGCUAUUGUUUUUGGAAUCUCAUUGCAGUCAUAUGGUAUGGAGGUCGGAAGAGUUGUAAUUAUAUCAAUCAAUUGCAGGAAUUGGAUUGCAUUGCUACAACCAAAGGAGGAGGUGCAUUCCUUAAUCAAACGAUAGCUUUUUUAAAAGAAUAAGAGUUGGAACAUGAAUGCUUUUCAUUUUUAACCUUUUAUUGUGCUAUCGUCUGUCUUCAUUUCUGAACCCAGAAUGCUGACCAUACAUUACUUAAGGAUCACUAUGUUCCUUUGCAAUCCCUAUCGAUCUUCAUUUUUAAUUUUUAUUUUGCUGGUAACUUAGAUCUUUUUAACACAAACCUUUUAGGUUUUGAUCUUUUGUGUCAUAGUGUUUCCAUGAGUUUCCCUAGAUAGAAAAUUUCCCUUCUUUUUUUGCUGAUACUUUAAUGUAGUACUUAUGUAUUGGAAACAUAGGAAACGUUGCACGAUUGAGACUGUUUCAAGCAAAGGUCUCAGUUAGGCUGUGGACACUGGACAAUGUCUGCAUUCAACCUUCCUAGUAGUACAAUUAUUAGCUCUACCUAUCAGAGCUCGAAUGUCAUUUACCUCCAAGGGGCCAUAUGUUGUUACAACGUUGGUCACCUCUUGAUUAUCAG